AUGCCUAGGGGCCACAAGAGUAAGGGCCGCUCUCGUGCCAAACGUCAAAAUGUACGGGAGAAGAGUCAAAGUCUGCUUGAUGCUCAGCUCGCUGAAAAAGAGGAAGCAGAAUCUUCUAUUUAUCAAGGGGAGUCUCCCAGCUCCCCUGAUAACUGCAUUCCCCGGGAUACUGAGGGGGAUGUAGCCUCCGUUUCUGAUGAUUCAAGUGUGCUCUUGACAGGUGCUGUAGGUGGUGAGGCUUCUGAUUCAAAUGCUGAGUCUUCUGUUAUACAAGCUGAAAGACAUUUAAGCACCUCCUUGAUAGCCUCCACUAUUCGCUCUGCACGCAGAGAUCCUCUUAACAGGAGGGCAGGUGCAUUGAUGCAGUUUACACUGGAGAAGUUUAGGGCAAAGGAGCCCUUUACACAGGAAGACAUGUUGAAAGUCAUUAACAAGAAGUACAAAGAACACCUCGCUGAGAUCAUUAGAAGAAUCUCUGUGCGCCUGGAGCUUGUGUUUGGCCUGGAGCUAAAGGAAGUUGAUCCCAAUUCUCAGUCAUAUAUGCUUGUGGGCAAAUUGGGUCUCUCCACCGAGGGAAGCCUGAGUGGCAACAGUGGGUUGCCCAAGACAGGGCUCCUGAUGACCCUCCUGGCUGUGAUAUUCAUGAAUGGCAACAGUGCCACUGAAGAAGAUGUCUGGGAAUUCUUGAAAGUAGUGGGGGUAUAUCCUGGGCAAAAUCAUCCAAUCUUUGGGGAACCCAAGAAAUUCAUAACAAAAGAUCUAGUGGAGGAAAAUUACCUCAUAUAUGGCCGGCUGCCUGACACUGAUCCCCCAACCAAUGUAUUCUUAUGGGGUCCCAGAGCGCAUACUGAAACCACCAAAAUGAAAGUGCUGGAAGUUUUAGCUAAGAUCAAUGAUGAUGUUCCUAGUUCUUUUCCUAGUCUGUUUGAGGAGGCUCUGAUUGAUGAGGCUAAUAGAGCAGCAAGGAGAGUUACAACUGUGCCUGGCAAUGUCAAUUCCAGGCCUCAUCUCAGGUGA